UGUCGCGGGACAUUCCGUAGGCUACAUCACCCGGUACAAUGCUCUGUCUUCUGUCUAUCAAUAUCUGACUACAACGUCGUAUCAUUGUAAUGUCGUCGUCGCAGCGACAGGUGUCGGGAGUUGUUACUAGACUCUCUGCGCGUGCAAGCCCAUAUCACAGUGCAGUCACUUUGAUUGAAGCCGGAAAUGCCGGUCAGCCGUCAACAUCACUGUCUUCCAGUCCAAAGCCGUCGAAGCGCAUCAAGCUCGAGGUCGAAUCCGGGACUUCAAGCAUCUCAGACUCGACACGUUCUCAGAGCCUACGGAAGACGUCACCAACUGUGAAACUAGAAGAGAUGGUAUCUGAAGAAGAUACAACAAGUUCGCGAGUGACUCGGAAGGUCAAGUCCCCCAAGAAACCUAAACUGAUACCACGGUCUCUGGAAACUCCACAUCCUGCUCCACCACACUGGAAGGAGGUGUAUGACUCGAUCAAAGAGAUGCGCACACAAAUCGUUGCUCCUGUAGACACUAUGGGGUGUGAACAAGCCCAACACAAGGAGAAAGAACCAAAGAACCGACGGUUCGCUACACUGGUUUCUCUGAUGUUAUCUUCCCAAACGAAAGAUGAAGUCACGGAUGCAGCUGUUGAAAAGCUGCGAGCUGCCGUAGGAGGCACGCUAUCUGUAGCCGCUCUCAUAUCUGCGGAUGAUUCUACAAUAUCAGAUGCAAUAGCAAAAGUUGGCUUCUGGCGACGGAAGACUGAGUAUAUCAAGAAGGCGGCUUUACGGUUACGGGAUGACUUCGAUUCAGAUGUACCCAAGACAGUAGAUGAGCUAUGCUCAUUGUCAGGAGUCGGACCUAAAAUGGCGUUUCUUACGCUUCAAGUCGCCUGGAAUCUCAAUCACGGUAUCGGCGUGGAUGUGCACGUUCAUCGUAUUACUAACAGGUUGGGAUGGCAUCAACCGCCUACCAAGAAGCCUGAAGAAACGAGGUUAAACCUUCAGUCCUGGUUACCCAUCGAUUUACAUCGUGAAAUUAACCACAUGCUCGUCGGCUUUGGUCAGACUAUUUGCGUCUCUGUGGCACCGAAGUGCGACUCGUGCACAUUGAGCACUAAAGGGCUGUGUCCAAGUGCUAGUACAAAACCCGCGAGAAGCCCGAAGAAGCGGAAGAGACAAUCUUCUGCAAACCUUGAGCGCGAGUCUGGACCAAAGAUCGAUAUUGCAAUCGAGUCUUCUGACUUAUAAAGAGUUGAUGUUCUUCUAUUCCCACCCAGCAAUGCAUGCAUAUAUUUUGUGAUGUCCAGAUACAAUGAGUCCCUACCGACUCACUCACUCGCACAACUGAUUACCCAGAUCAAAAUGCUUGUCUCGA